AGGCGCGGCCGGAGAUAAGCGGCCGGGCGCCCGGAGGGACUGGACGGGGGUCCCUUAUCGUCCAUCCCCCGCCCCCUCCUUAACCGCAUUAGGCGGCUAUCGGUGGCCAUCGGCAGGGCGAGCGCGGGGCCCAGAGGACGGAGUGUCCCGGGCGGCGGGAGGUGGGAGGCCGAGCCGUCCAGGCGCUGACACUAACCCGGUUAGGGGAGACGGAUGGGCUGGAUGGCAGGCCGUCCAUCACCCCCGCGCUGCCCUUUCCUUCUCCGGGCCGGCCGGUGGGGAGAGAAAUGGCCCCAUUAGAAGGGCCUCGAGGCCCCAGGGGGUGGGAGCGGGGCUAUAAAGGUCCCGGUGGACCUUUGGACCGGCCGGGCGGCGGCACCAUGAGCGACGGAGCGGUCGGCGGAGGCCUGGAGGCCGUGGCCGAGAGCUACCGGCGCUUCCAGCCCCGCGCCUACCUGGUCAACAACUACCGGCCUCCUCGAGGGGACCUGAGCCGGCCCGACGGCGUGGGGCCCUGGAAGCUCGGCUGCCUGGCCCAGACCUUCGCCAGCGGGGAAGUCCGAGGCCGCAGCCUGCUGGACGUGGGCUCCGGCCCCACCGUGUACCAGCUGCUCAGCGCCUGUGCCCACUUCGAGGACAUCACCAUGACGGACUUCCUGGAGGUGAAUCGCCGGGAGCUGAGGGACUGGCUGUGCCGGGACCCCGGGGCCUUCGACUGGAGCCCCUACAGUCGCCACGUCUGCCUGAUCGAGGGCAAAGGCGAGACCUGGCAGGACAAGGAGCGCCAACUGCGGGAGAGGGUGAAGAGGGUGCUGCCCAUCGACGUGCACCAGGACCAGCCGCUGGGCUCUGCGGGGGCGGGCACGGUACCCGUGGACGCCCUGGUGUCCGCCUUCUGCCUGGAGGCGGUGAGCCCGGACAAGGCCAGCUUCCAGCGGGCCCUGGACCACAUCACCACCCUGCUCCGGCCCGGCGGGCACCUGCUCCUCAUCGGUGCCCUAGAGGAAUCCUUCUACCUGGCGGGCUCUGCCCGCCUGGCCGUGGUGCCCUUGAAGGAGGAGGAGGUCCGGGAGGCCCUGGCCCGCAGCGGCUAUGGCAUCCGGGAUUUCCGCACCUAUUCGAUGCCCGCCAGUUUGCAGACGGGGGUCGACGAUGUCCGCGGGGUCUUCUUCGCUUGGGCUCAGAAGGGGGCGGCGCCCUAAACCCGGGAGGGGGUCCCACCGUGCCCCCCUCUCCUCCUCCCGCCUCUGGGCAUCCUGUCUCGCCCUCUCCCCAUCCUCCAAUACAGUUUCGUGCUCU